AUGCGGGAAUAUACUGCGAGGAACUGUUUUAUCAUCCGGAGAGCAGCAUCAACAGAAAAGGAAAAACACAUUUUCGUCGGGUUCUGUCGAGCUUGUAUACAACAUGGAGAUGUUCAUCUACUCCGUCUGAGCAGGCGACAUGGUUCUGACGCGAUCCCCUGUGAAAACUCGUCGCCAUCCGGCAGCGGUGAUUCUGAUUGCACGAAUCGAUCAGAUUUAAGCCGUAUUUCGUCGGACUUAACCAAGGAAUUCGUUAAGGGGAUAGGACCAAAGUCUUGCUGUGAAUUCUUCCGUCUGCGAGACGAGUAUGCGCCUCGGUACAGUAACUUGCCCGAAACACCGGCCUUGGAUCCACCCAAGCACAUGACUCGUGUUCUUUCCUCGCAAAGUUGA